UCAACCGACAUCCAGGUUCACUUGAAACUGCAGUCACAACAGAAUGCGCAACAGUUGCGUCUGAACGAAAGAGAUAUAUAUCGUGGCCGAUCCCAUUGUCGUUCAUCCGAUAACAAUUCGAAAGUUCUUACACCCUCGUCUCGAGUGCCGACCAUGUGAACUGGAGCAAAAGCCGCGGUGGAUGGUGGAACGUGUCGAGCGAACGAAACGACUCGACAUGAGCGCGAAAACCCUGGCCUUCGAAUGCAACGCGGUGCAAUCAUGCAAGAUGCAGGAACGUACGAGGAACGAGCUGUGAACGCGAUUCGGUUACAAGCUUCUGUCAAGAUGUCCGAGAAGCGGAUUUCGAUGGGCAUUAACGUCAGCAUUCUCGUUAUACUAACCAUCUUCGGGGUGUUGCUUUCCUUGCCAUUGCGAUUGCUCUUGAACACGAAUUAUUACAGUCGAAACGAAACGAUCGGCGAAAAUACUACGAUACAAACGACGGAGAACGUAACAGUCGAAGCGAUAAUAAUCCCGGUGGAUCAUCGAAAGUUGAGACGCUGUCCAAGGUUCGAGUACGAAGACAGAUUGAUAUCGGUUUUUCAAAGUGAUUACGAUGGAAAUUGUACUUACACGCGAAUCUGUCCGAUUAACGACACGAAGGAGGAAAAUAACGGAGAUGUCGAGAGCGAACCUGUUAACAAAGGGAAUAAUGAAACGUCCAAGGUAUUGAAGGAGAUCGUCGGUGAGAAUUCGACGGAAAAAGUUGAAGAAAGUGGGAAAGAUCGUCGAACGAAAUCGGUUCUGGUCGCCGGACACAUUCUCGUGACGAUGCUUCUCAUUUCAGCAAUCGCUGCUCUCGUUGAAGUAUUGCGAAUACGUUUCGCUAGAGAUAAGGUACAUUUAAGAGGCAGAGAUAGAGAUGCUCGUUUAACGAAACAUUCGACAUGAAUGUUCCUUGAAAGCUAUAAUAGUAGAAUAUCGAUUUAAAGAAUAAAAAAAAAAAAAAAGACAUCGAUGAAAGUAAUAGUAAUAUGCAAACUAGAAUUUCUUGGUUGCGACUAUGGUCUGUGUAGAUUCAUAGUACACAGAGAAUCUUGAUUGACUAAGGUAUUUAAAGAACGAAA